GGGGCUCUGUUGGCGGGGCACAGCGCCCCUCCAAGACAAUGGUAGGGGAAACACUGAGGUGUAUAUCAGCUGAGUGUGUGUGUGUUGCAGGUGUGUACCAGCUGAGAGUGUGUUGUGUUGCAGGUGUGUACCAGCUGAGUGUGUGUGUGGUGAAGCAGCUCCAGCAGAGUUGUGUCACUCACAGCUUACCUGUCAGCUACAGGCCGGUGUGUGUGUCCGAGCUGCUCUCACGGCAACACCUCUCCUGCUUCAGUCACCUGUCCUGGAGCACCAAUCAGCAUCGAGCGUGGGUCCGGGAGGCGGAGCUCUCAGCGCCGGGUCAGGUGCUGCCGAGGGUCAGCCUGCUGCUGAUUGGCUGUCUGAGAGAGGGGCGGGACGGAGAGUGGAGGCUGACGGACAGCAGCGGCAGCGUGAGGUGUGAGUGCCUGUCUCCCUCUCCUCUGUGGCUGAACCGUCCUGUCUUCCUGCCUCACUGGAACUACAUCCCCCACGAUGCACCUGGGUCGGAGGAGGCGGGGGGCUGGGUGGAGCUGAUUGGUCCUCCUGUAGUGCUUUGUCCCGGAGCUGAGCAGGGAUUGGCUGUCGGCCCUGAGGAAGGGGCGGGGCUUAGCAAAGCUGUGGGAGUCAAAGAGGCAACAGACUUCCUGAAGAACAGGUCUCGGGGUCAGCGUCUCUCACUGGUUGGUCAGGUGGUUUCUGUUUGUCCUCAGCUGGACGUUUCAGGAACGUCUUUCUUCUGCUUCUCGCUGGCAGACGACUCUGCACCUGUCUCACUACCUGUCCUCGUCAAGGGCAGCAGGCUGUGGUGGGCUCAGUGUGUGUGUGUGGGUCAGCGUGUGUGUGUGACGGCGCUGCGUGUGUGUGUCCUGCGAGGCUGGAGAGGAAACAACAUCCUGUGUGUGACCGAGCGCUCUGAAAUACACACCGACUACACACACCCCGCUGCACACACACACACACCUGCCGCCACGGCCCCCCCCGCCGGUGAUGUCACAGACGCCGGCCAAUCGGCUGUCAGGAUGAAGAAGUCUCGAGUCAUCAGUUACCAAGGCACCGUGACUGAGGUGGUGAGCGAGGGGGCGGGGCUGUACGUGAUGGACAGGAGGGUGGGGCUGUGCCUGGCCUUUCAGCCGGCUCUGAGGAGGAAGCUGAGAACUGGAGACACUUUGGAGCUCCAUCACGUCCACUUCCUGUACCGGCCCUGUCCCGACUUCCUUCCAAGCAUGCUUUGCACCUGCCUGCGCUCCAGCGUCAGGGUGACGUCGUUCAGCGGGGGGUGGGCGGGGGGGUUGUUACCACGGUUACUGCACACCUCCACCUGCCGGGGGGACGGAGCGUUGCCAAGGUUACUGCUGCAGGGGGGAAGGGGCGUGUCCGAAUACCUGUGGAGCGCUCACCUGAGCUCAAAGCUGCAGCACAGCCUGGUCCCAGGUGUGUUGAAGCAGUGUGUGUGUGUUCUGUCCUGGAAGCUGAUGGAGUGUGUGUGGAGAGGACAAGAAGGACAGAGGAGAGACAUUUACUGCGAGAUGCUGGACGAACCCCACACCUGUCCUCUGUCUCAGUACAGGGCGGACCCAGCUGUCCCUCAGGUGUUCAGUGUCUCUGCUCUGAUUGAAGGUCUUCAGACAGACAGCUGGUCCUCAGUGUCUCUGUGCUCUCUGCUGCCCCCUGGUGGAGGUCUGUCCUCAUCUCAGGUCAACUCAGCUCUGUCCUGGUCCUGCAGGACGCUGACCUCUGACCCCCCCCGGAGACACAUCCAGGUACGCCCCCUGGUGGUGAUACGCCCCCUGGUGGUGGGGUUGCUGGAGCUGCCGUCUCCGGCGGGACAGACGCUGCAGCUCAGAGACGGGACAGGGACCGUGGCUUGCGUCGUCACGGAAACCAGCGAGGGAGGGGGUCAGAGGGCGGCCUUCAACACCGCCUGGAUAGGUUGUCUGGUGUGUGUGGAGAAGUUCACCAUGGUGACAGAGAGAUUCCUCCAAUCAGAUUUCCCCUCCGACCAACAUCUGGACCAGGACAAGUACAUCACACACAAACACUGCAGGUUUUACCUGCAGUUUUCUCUGGAUCAGCUCCACAUCCUGAGCCCGUCCAUCGCCAUGGAGACUCACCUGAGGGGGGCGGAGCCAGGUGGUGAUGUCACAGAGGAAGAGGAGGAGCCGUCAGGCGGCAAGAGAAGAAGAAGAGACCCCCGGCCCUGCGUCUCCAUGGUGAUCAGGGUGCAGCAGAAAGAGGGCGUUGCCCUGAGGAACUCGGGGGCGGGGUCACACCAGGAGGAGGCGGGGCUAACAGCAAGCUUCUCCGUCACAGCGGCUGUGAUUGGUCCGGUGGUCAGCUGGGGGCGGGACCCGAAGAACAGACCAUUGACAGACAGGGAGGCGGAGCCAGAGAGGGAGGACAAGCAGCUGGUCCUGGUCCUCUCAGGUGUAUCUGCUCGAUGGUUUCCUCUCCUCCAGCCUGGAUGUUUCUACAGACUCAUCGCUGCUAACACACAGGAUCCCAAUGUUCUGAUUGGCUGUGGAGUCUCUGGGAGGAGGGGGGUGGAGCUCCACGCUGACUCCACCCUUCAGGUGCGAUCUGAUUGGAGGUUCCACACUCUGACACGCCCCCUGCUGCUGCUGCACACCUGCACACAGCCUCGCUCGCCCCCCGUCUCGACUCUCUCUCAGGUCCUGGACUGCAGCUCAGAGGUGGUGUGUUUUCAGGCUCAGGUGACAGACAGGAUCAGUGUGACGGAGCGCAGCAGAGGCUCCGCUGCAGGUGUGUGUGCAGGUGUGCGCCUCACAGUGUGUGAUCAGAGUGGGCGUAGUCUGCAGGUGUACCUGGACCUGAGCCACACCCCCUACCCACCUGGACUGUUGCCUGGCAACACACUGCUGCUGUCAGCUUUCCAGAGGAGAGUGUCCAGGUCAGGGGGGGUGUACUGCAGUCAGCUACCUGUCAGCUCUCUCUCCGUCACCUCUCUGGCAGACUCCAGCUGUGUGCGCUCUCCUCCUGCUCCCAUGAUGCACCUGGGUGUGUGGACAGGUAGCAGGGAGCAGGGGUGCAUUGUGGGUCGGGUCAGAGGUCACGUGGUGUGUCUGUUGCUGCUGCAGCUGAGGUGGAGCUGCUCGCUGUGCGGAGGUCUCUACACACAGUGUUGUUCCAGCGCUCAGUGUGGAUCCUCCUCGUCUGUCUUUCAGUCCACAGUGAAGCUGGUGAUUGAUGACGGCACAGGUGAGGCUCACGUCUGGUUCUCAGGUGCUCAGGUUCGUGCUCUGCUGGGAUUGGCUGAUUCUCAGUGGGAGGGGCUUCAGAGAGCGCUGCGGGUCAGAGGUCACAUCCGAGUCUACCCUCGGGGGCGGAGCCUGGUGUGUGACUCAGAGGACCCUCUCCUCCACUUCCUGUUGUGUGUGUGCAGCAGUGAGGUGGUGUGUCGUCAGCUGUCUCUCACCUGCAGGAAACAGAACGCUCAGAAAUCAGAAGAGAUGAAGAGGUUCAGCCGAGGAGACCGAGACUUCAUGACCAGAGUGACUCCGCCUCUGAAGCUCACCUGUACACACAUCAACUCUGACUGACCUCACCUGUACACAACUCAACUCUGACUGAUCUCACCUGUACACACCUCACCUGUACACACCUCAACUCUGACUGACCUGACCUGUACACGCAUCAACUCUGACUGACUACACCUGUGCUCACCUGUACACACUGACUGACCUCACCUGUACACACUGACUGACCUCACCUGUACACACUGACUGACCUCACCUUUACACACUGACUGACCUCACCUUUACACACUGACUGACCUCACCUGUACACACUGACUGA